UAGCCUUUCAUUAGCCAUAGUGAGCUAACCCAUCACAAUAAUAUGGCUCGGUCGUCAAUCACCAUGCUCAUGUUUCUGAUCAUCUCUAUCCUGGCUAUAGCCAAUGGCUCUUACCUCUACCCUCAGUUUUACGACCACUCAUGUCCGCAAGCUAAAGACAUAGUCCAGUCUGUCGUUGCGAAAGCUGUUGCAAAAGAGGCUCGUAUGGCUGCUUCUUUGCUCAGACUCCAUUUCCACGAUUGUUUUGUCAAGGGGUGCGAUGCUUCGAUACUUCUUGACAACAGUGGAAGCAUAAUCAGCGAGAAGGGGUCCGUCCCAAACCGCAACUCGGCUCGUGGGUUCGAAGUCAUUGACCAAAUCAAAGCUGCAUUGGAGGAGGCGUGCCCUCAAACCGUCUCGUGUGCUGAUAUUAUGGCUCUAGCAGCUAGAGACUCUACCGUUCUGACUGGUGGACCAAGUUGGGAAGUCCCAUUAGGCAGAAGGGAUUCAUUAGGUGCAAGCUUGAGUGGUUCUAACCAAAACAUUCCUGCUCCCAACAACACUUUUCAGACCAUUCUCACCAAAUUCAAGCUUAAGGGUCUUGACAUUGUUGAUUUUGUAGCACUAUCAGGAAGUCACACUAUUGGAAAUGCUAGGUGUACCAGUUUCAGGCAAAGGUUAUACAACAACACCGGCAACGGGCGGCCCGACUUUUCGCUAGACCAAUCAUACGCCGCGAAGCUUCGCCAAAACUGUCCAAGAUCCGGUGGUGAUCAGAACCUGUUUUUCUUGGAUCCGGUGUCACCCACAAAAUUCGAUAACAAUUAUUACAAGAACUUAAUUGCUAAAAAGGGUCUUCUAAGCUCUGAUGAAAUACUUUUUACUCAAAACCAACAAACAAUGGAGUUUGUGAAGCAGUAUGCUGCAAAUCAAGAGCUUUUCUUCCAGCAGUUUGCAAAGUCUAUGGUUAAAAUGGGAAACAUUGCUCCUUUGACCGGCAAAAGUGGUCAAAUCAGAAAGAUUUGCAGAAAAAUCAAUAGUUAAAAAGGAGGGUAUCAUGCAAUCAUCAAUCAUGAUCAAAAUUUAGAAAUUAUAAUGUUUUGAUGUAAUAUUCUGCUGUUCAAUUUGAUUUAUCUUAUUUUGUCCAAUUAAAGAACUCUUGUGAAGUUGUUAUUGAUGUCCUGAAAGUUGUACCAUGUCUUGGAACUUUUGGCCAUCAUGUGGAAUGUGAGAUAUAUUAUACGCGUUUUUUAAA